UCACUCAACCCUUCAUCUAGCGCCAUGAACCGAGUGGUGGAGGUGGCGGUGGUGGUGGCGGCGGCCCUCCUGGUGGGACCCGCCCUGGCUCAGUGGGAACCCAACUCCGGUAAUGGCCAGGCAAUUGUUCACCUGUUCGAGUGGAAGUGGAGUGACAUUGCGGCAGAGUGCGAGAACUUCCUGGGGCCCCGAGGCUUUGCUGGCGUGCAGAUCUCCCCUCCCAAUGAGAACGCAGCGCUGUACCUCGGGGAGCAGAUCAGGCCGUGGUGGGAGCGGUACCAGCCGGUCUCCUACAGGCUGUUCACGCGGUCAGGGGACGAGAACGCCUUCAAGGACAUGGUGAACAGGUGUAACAGUGUCGGCGUCAGGAUCUACGCGGACAUCGUGAUCAACCACAUGACAGGAUGGCACCCUGCAGGCACUGGGGCGACCGGCGGCUCCUCCUUCGACGCGGGGUCUGAGUCCUACCCCGCCGUGCCCUACUCCGGCUUUGAUUUCAACGAUGCGAACUGCCACACCGGAUCUGGCAACAUUGAGAACUACGGCGACGCGGAGCAGGUACGUAACUGCAAGCUGGUGGGCCUUAACGACCUCAACCAGGGAUCGGACUACGUGAGGGGCAAAAUAAAGGACUACCUCAACACCCUGGUGGGCUACGGCGUGGCUGGCUUCAGGGUGGACGCCUCCAAGCAUAUGUGGCCCGGAGACAUGAAGGUGAUCUUUGACAGCGUGAACAACCUGCCCACCAAGUACUUCAAGGCAGGCUCGCGGCCCUUCGUGUUCCAGGAAGUGAUUGACCUCGGCGGGGAGGCCAUCGGCAGCAUGGAGUACGUUGGCAUAGGGCGUGUGACGGAGUUCAAAUACGGGAAGUUCCUCGGAGAAGCUUUCAGAGGCAAGAAUCAGCUUAAGUGGCUGUCCAACUUCGGAGAGGGCUGGGGCAUGCUGGACCGUGCUUACUCCCUUGUGUUCAUCGAUAACCAUGACAACCAGAGGGGACACGGGGCUGGCGGGGAUAUGAUUCUUACAUUCCGUCAGUCUAAGUUGUACAAGAUGGCCACUGCUUUCAUGUUGGCUUUCCCUUACGGCUACACGCGCCUCAUGUCCUCCUACUACUGGGACCAAAACUGGGUGAACGGACAGGACAAGAACGACUGGAUUGGGCCCCCACAUGAUGAUAACUACAACACACUCAGCCCGACCUUCAAUACUGACGGAAGUUGUGGGAAUGGAUGGAUUUGCGAGCACCGUUGGCGGCAGAUUUACAGCAUGGUGGAGUUUAGGAAUGUUGCGCAUGGCACGGACAUGAACGACUGGUGGGACAACGGCAACAACCAGAUCGCCUUCUGCAGGGGUGACCGGGGCUUCAUCGCCAUCAACAACGAGGGUUACGACAUGAAGGAGACGCUGCAGACUUGCUUGUCCGCGGGAAAAUACUGUGACGUCAUCUCCGGCUCCAAGGAAGGCGGCUCCUGUACUGGCAAGACGGUGACAGUUGAUGGGGCAGGGAAGGCGUACAUUGAGAUCACUACCAUGGAAGAAGAUGGAGUGCUGGCCAUCCAUGCUAACUCGAAGUUGUAAACACGCACCGGAUCCAGAGCGAGAGAGAGAGAUCGUCCGCCAUUUUAAUCAUCUUCAUCGAUUAAUGCAAGACAAAACGAGACAAAAAAUAUGAAAUAAAAUAAAACCAUUUUAGGGAAGAAGAGAAAGAAAGGAGAAGAGAAAAUAAAAGUGAGGAUUUCUUUCUAUUUUGUUUUCCAUAACGAGUCAAAACCCUAUUUUUUUUUAUAUGAAAUCAAAACCCCUUAUUGUUUUUUUAUGAGGAACUGGAUACUUUUUUUUUUGUGUGUGAAUCUGAUGCUCCUCCGACUAACCCUCUUUACUUCUCAUCUUAUUUUGACUUAUACUUUUGUUUUUUAAUCCUCCUCCUCCUUCUUCUUCUUCUUCUUCUUCUUGCACCACCACAAUAAAGACAAUGAAUCAUU